GUCACUUCACCGGUGGAGCCGAGGAGCUGAGCAUCGCGCAGAGCAUGUAGUCGAAACUACAGCAGACUGUAGUGCUGAAGUUUCUGCCUGGUUUGGACCUGAAGUCUUCCUCUGAGGGGAACAUUUCCAACAUUUAGAGCUGCUCUUCGAAACCCACCUUGUUUGGAGCUAAAUGACAAGUAGGCAGCGACUCGGAACCACUCAGUGAUACCCCGGGGCGCGAUGGAGAGCAAGGGAUUACUUCGCUGUAAGAUCGUGGUGGUGGGCGAUGCGCAGUGUGGCAAGACGGCUCUCCUUCACGUUUUUGCCAAAGACUCGUACCCAGAGAAUUACGUCCCCACGGUCUUUGAAAACUACACAGCCAGCUUCGAGAUCAACAAACAGAGGAUCGAGCUCAACAUGUGGGACACGUCAGGUUCGGCCUACUAUGACAACGUGCGGCCGUUGGCUUAUCCUGACUCUGACGCAGUGCUCAUCUGCUUUGACAUCAGCCGUCCAGAAACCCUGGACAGCGUGCUGAAAAAGUGGCAGGGUGAGACGCAGGAGUUCUGUCCCAAUGCCAAAGUAGUGCUGGUUGGCUGCAAGUUGGACAUGAGGACGGACCUCAACGUUAUGAGAGAGCUCGCCAAACACAGACUCAUUCCUGUCACCCACGAGCAGGGCACUAAUUUGGCGAGGCAGAUCGGCGCCGUGGCCUACGCAGAGUGCACCUCAAAGUAUUCGGAGAACAGCGUCCGUGACGUUUUCCACGUCGCCACGGUGUCGUCUGUGUCCCGCACGCAUCGGCCUCAGCUCAAACGUGCUGGAUCACGUCGGGGCCUCAAGCGGGUCUCCCAGCAGCCGCCUCGGACUGAGAUUCACGAACACCCACCCGCCAUUAGAAAGGACCGGGCCAAAAGCUGUGUGCUCAUGUAGGAGUCUACCAGCAACCUGACCUGCAUGUGCUGAUGGACUUGAAACCUAACUGCACAUGAACUUAAUUUAUUGGUGAAUUCUUGUCAGAUCUUUGCACUGCAUAAGGGACAAUGUGAUGAAAACAAGAACGAAUGAUAUCCUGUGGAGUUUCUUUGAAGAAUUGUUUGUCCAUCUUUAGCAAAACUCUGCUUCUUAUUUUCCUCUGUGGACGUGCUCUCAUCAGAGUGGGUCAUUGUUGUGGCAAUUUUUCUUUGAUGCUUUAACUUGAACAUGUGGACAAAACUGGUCAUGGACUCAGACAAGCUGGUUAACAAGUGAAACGCAAGGACAGAGAAAGAUGAAGGGGAUGAAAGGGAAAAAUACUAAUUGGAAAGAUCUUUUUGCAAGAACCAGCAGUAACAGUGCAGGUCUUGACCUCUAUUGUGUUGUUUCCUGUGCCAAAAUGCUAUUCUCUCUGUGUUUAAGUAGAUGAAGCACAAUAUGAUGCACGCAAACUGUUCUGUCAUUUAUAAAUGCCAGGCAAUGAACUCUGUUUCACUUGAUAUGACAAGCUGAAACGAAAAUUGGACAGACGAAAAAAAAAAAACAUCAUUGGUUGAGACACUAAUUUUCUUAAACCACAAGUGCUUUUAAUGUUGAAAACUAAAUAAUCACGCAUCACAUAAUACUGAAGUGUUGUGAAACUAAUAUUGUUCUUAUAAUUCACACUUGGGGGAGAGUCAGAGGGAACAAAGAGGGUGACUGUUAUGAUAUGUUGUACAUAUGUGAUAGUGAAAUAAAAAAAGAAAAAAAAACAGA